ACAAUGAAGAAGCUGCUCAGUUUGGGAGUGUCACAGAGCCAAAGGCAACGCCUUUAAUGCGGCUCUCGUUAAACUGCAAGUAGCCCACGGUAACGGAGUAGCUGUCUAAACGCUGUGCUAUCAAGAUCCGCUGGGUGGGUUUGUUCGGGGUCACUGUAGACAUGACUACCAGCUUUCUGUGGAAUGUGGGCUUGCUGCUGGCGCUGCUGCUGCCAACGGAAGUACUCUCUCAGGGUUCUUUUGAUCUGAAUGAUGCUCUGGAUGUUAACAGUGACAGUAAAUCAUCAACGACUCCUGCACCAAAACCAGCUAUACCUGCAGGAGGAGAGUUGGAUUUGGAGGAUUUUUUCAAAGUCAGUGGCACCACCAAAGCCCCACCCAGGGUUAUACCUAAGGGUUCUGCAAGUACCAAGGCCCCAGUCAAGCAUAAACCCAAGCCAGCUAAUGAUGACCUAGACCUGGCUGAUGCCUUGAACCCCAACAAUGACAUUGGUGGCAAGGAGAAAAACAAGGGGCAGGGAGAUAUAUUUUCUGACAGUGAUCUGAGUGAUGUGAGUAAAGAUGACACGUACAAGCCUGACAAAGGCAAAGGUGGAUUCUCAGGAGGUGGCGGUGAUCUGAUUAACCAGCAUGAUGACAAUCAUGAGACCACAGCUGAGGUGGGCACUAUUGCAGGGAUUGUCAGUGCAGUUGCCAUGGCACUGGUGGGUGCAAUAAGCAGUUACAUCUCCUAUCAGAAGAAGAAGCUGUGUUUCAGUGUGCAACAGAGCCUGAACACUGACAUGGUGAAGGCAGAGAACCCUGAGGCUGUGGUGGCUACAGAACCACAAGUCCAACAGACUCUCCUUGAGCCGUCCAAUGCUGAGCCACCCACUGAAGAAAAUGCUGUCUAAACACAUUCACAAGGUCACCUACAAACAUUCCCCCUCAACAAAAUCCCCCACCCAAACCAUGCACACACUCGCAAACAGAACCUUUCCAAAUGUGAGUGUUUAUAGUAAUUUAUUGCUGACUAUUUGAACACAUCGAACAACACCACCAACAGGUUUGCUUUUUUGUCCUUUUGACACACAACUGAUUAUUUGUGACAAAUCAUAUAUCUUACUUAUGUUGAUCGAAACCAUGCGAAGUAGAAUAACACAUCUCAGAAUCCUGUCAGUGCUCAGUUAAAGGGAUAGUUCACUGAAAGAUGUAUACUCACUCAUCUACUAAGUCGAUGGAGGGAUGGGUGAGGUGUUUGAGAUCACGAAAAAUGUUUGGAGUUUCAGGGGUAAACAGUGUUGUGGGCAAAUCUGAUGCAAUUGAAGUAACUGGCGACCUAUUCUUCAAAUGUAAAAAAAACUACAGACAAAAAAAAAAAGAAAUGCCUCAAUAGUGCUCCUGUGGUGUCAUUCAAGUGUCCGUAAGGCCCGACAUUCAAAUUCAACUCUAAAUGACAUCAUUUAUACAAUACAUAUACAUUUUUGGUGAACUAUCCUUUCUAAGGAAGAACAUUUAACUGUAGACCCUAGAUUUCUGUUACAAGCCUUGAGGCAACUAAUUAUGGAAUCAUUUGGGAAAUUGUGAUAAAAUGUAUAAAUGGCCAGUUAGCAGAUAAUGUAAGAACACAUUUUCACAGUAAUAAUCAUGAAUUAUCCCACCAAUUUUUCUUAUUCCUACAAAAUGUGACAUUUUAUGUGAUUUAUUACUUGUUCACUUUACUGUGUUAUUAUGAAGUCAUAACCAGUGAUUAUAAUACUAUUUGUUAAGUAGAUGAUCAGGGUUUCUGAAGUUAAACAUUUGAUUGUUUGUUGACUUAAAUAUGAGCUCCUUGUCCAGUAGUGGGCAAGGGACAUAUUUAUAGACCUGAAGUAAGCGCGGGGAACCUCUGUUAAGUGGACUGACAGUGACAUCAUUAGUUGUUACACGCUGCUUAUGUUAUAAUGUACAGAGUUGCAUCUUUUUGGAGUGGGAAAAAAAUGCAUCUAUACUUUCUAAUCAUAACCUGCGACCUUUUAUACUGUAAAUAGCCUGCCGCUUUUUCAACUGGCCUUUAACAACGAUGUAGGUAGCUAAGGAGAAGUUUCAUUUUUUCAAGGUGCUAAUGGUAAAAUAGUUCUGAAAAGAACAGUGAUUGGUUGACAGGUAAUUGACAAGAGUCAAAUCAACACUUGGGAGGAUACAAUUAGCUUGCUAAAUCAGUUGUUCUGUGGUUUGAGUUUAAUAGUGGACAGCAUGUUUUUUCCUCCCUCUGAAUUAGAAAGGAGUCUGACCCAUCACAAUACUAUGUUGUAUUGUGUAAGCGGUGAGAUUCAGCGUGUACAGAAUAGAAUUCAUCUUGAUCCCCUGGUGGCCGUUAUUUCCAUCAGUGUGAGAUAUGCUUGCAGAACAGCGGCAUAUCAUGAAACCAUUGUGUGUCAAGGCUAAAAUAGAUUACCACGUUUUAAUAAUAAGUACUCAUAUUGUAAGCGCUUACUUUAAGCAUUUUGAUGUGAUUCUGGAAACUUAAAAAUAUCAAUUAUGCCACAAUUCUGGUCAAACUCCAGAAUAGGUAGAUAUGACUGUGCCACAGUAUAGUUUUGAUUGUAUCAACGAACAGUGCCAAAGUUGACAAAAUGUGCAAGUUCUUGAUUAUUUGCAAACUAUCUCAAAUCAAUUGUAUGCUUCAGCAACCUCCAGGGAUAAUGGGGUCACAAGUCUAUGAGUCUGUAAUGUUGGGGGUUGAGGACUGACAAGUUUGGGAACCUCGGUUCUUGACAGAAUAGCUGAUAAGAGGUGUUGUCCAAACAGAUGUGAAGACAAGAGGCGUCAAAAGUUUAUUUUCCAUUGGUUGUGUCCCAUUGGAAAAUCACUGCUUAGAGAGUCUAACAUUUGCAUAUAUUAUGGACUCAUAUUAGGGUCCUCACAUGACAUAAUCUGACUAGAAAACAGCGAUUUUGCUUUGAAGUUUAAAAGGUCCUUAAUGGGAAUAAGAUCCACAUUAGUAGAAAGGUGAUGGUGAAAGGAAGUCAGAGAAGGACUGACAGGGAGUAAAAGGAGUGACGAUUGAGUGACUAAUGAAGGCAGACAAGAGUGUGAAGCCAUUUGCACUUUUACAAAUAGUGGAAAAGAUAAUUUGAAUAAGAAAAAGAGAGCUUUGCUUUAGCUGCCUAGAUGAAGUAAGAAUCAGUAGUUUGCAUAAGGAUCUUGAAUGGUAUUGUUGAAACAAAUAUGAAGGUUGUACAUUUUACUGUGAGUAGUUCUUUGUUUGUACUGAUAGCAUCAUGUAAGAGAUGACACAUUUGAUUAUAUUCCUGUGCGUGUGUGUGUGUGUGUGUGUUUGUGUGUGUUUGUGUUUGUGUUUGUGGGUGUGUGUGUGUGUGUGUGUGUGUGUGUGUGUGUUUGUAUUUGUGUGUGUGUGUGUGUGUGUUCACACGCUUUUCCAGUUUUUUUUACACUUUGUACCCAAAUUACUUUUCCUAAUAAUUUGGCUUAACUUUUUGUAAUCGCGUCUUGGUGAGUGUGUUUGUUGUGUACUGCCAACACUUUAUUUUCCUAUAACUUGGGCUUUUUAAGUGGUUCCUGCACUGAUAUCUACAGUCUUGUGUAUUUUGUAAAUCUCCACAAUUAUGUCAUUUUUGGUGAAACCUCUUGAAACUUGAAUGGUUCAUUGGUAGUGACUGAACAGAGCCAAUCAGCAGCUCUUCCACCACCUUUAAAAAUAAACAUCCAGCUCCCAUAAGGAAAAAUUGUUUCAUUUAAAUUUUAUAAUCCCUAUCUAGCUUUUAUCGUCAUCUAAUAUUGAUGGGUAGAUUUCUUCAAACUCACCAAUAUUGUGUGACCCUGAAAAAAAACAGUUGCUGGCCUCCAAAUAUGAUCACUCAGAAUAUUCUUUAGGGUCAAUAAAACUGCCCAUGUCCAUGAGGCACCUGACAGAUUAAGUCUGGAAGCCUGUUCACCGCCCAACAUUUAUCUCAGACUGUAUGUGCCAAGUGUGUGCCAACUUUACCUGUGUAGAACACCUAACUAAGAGUCUGACAAGAUGUUUAUGCAACCAGACCCUGAGAGAUAUGGGCUGAAACAUCUUAAGUGCUUAAACAUGCUCUCUGACAGAUAGCACAGAGUGAUGUGUGAGUAACCCCAGAGGAAAACAUCUUGAGAUACUAAAGUCAAAGUUAAGUUACUUUUUUGUUCAAACAAGGGGAAAUUUCCUUGUUUGUUGUUUUCAGGGAUGAAACUCUCUGCUACGACUCUUACUGGAUAACCUCUCUGCCCUGGCAGCUGUAAUUUCAAAUGGUGAUUCUCUCUGUUUUAUAAGCUGCUCAGUCCCACAAGGACACACUAUUCAUCUAACACCCCCCAACAUGCACAUGAGCAACACCCAUUGCUUCCCUCCUUUGUCUAUUGGGUACUGGGGAAAGGUGUGGGUGCUGUAUCAAGCUCAUGCUGCUGAGAGCUGAACUAAACACAAAGAAACAAACAAAAAAAGCCACUGUUUACUGAAUGCAUUAAAUAUCUUCACCUGCUGUAGAAAAAAUACAGAUUUGACCAAAGAUGAUUAAGAUUGACUUUUCUGUUGUGUAUUGGAGUUGUAUUUGAAUCUGUUUGUGAGAACAAGGCCUUGAAAUAAUCAUGAAGGACAAACAUUUAAUCUGACCACGAGUCUGAAUGUAAUGCAGAUGUCCUUUCGUCUCAAGGGCAACAUUGACAAUGAUAGUUAGAUGGAUAUGACACAGAAGAGAACAUCGAAAUCUGAUAGACAGUACACCUGGUAUCUUACAAAUAAUGUGUAAUUAUCUUUCCAAUGCUUGUGUCGACACAGUGUUUGAAUAACUCCCACUAUGGCACUUUGGAUGCUGAUACCGUUUGAGGUUCUAGUGUGGCGACCUGUUAAACUGCUGUUUGCAAGUGGUUUCCAGUCUUGUCUAGCAAAAUAAUAUGAAGAAGUCCAAUGUACUCCUGCGAUAAAUGUUGUUCUAUGUGCCAUGCAUUUACGCUCUGCAUGUCAAUAUAUUGGGCCAAUCAGAUGGAGCCCAGCUACCCUACAUAAAAAUGUAAAGAUAUUCAGAUCAUUUGACAGGUUUUUUCCCUAAAAUAAAUCAUUUUCGGGAGAGGAAAAUAUAAAAAUGUGAGGCGGCUCCGUCAAAUCUUGUGCUGCCUCUCCCGCUCGCUUUGGAGCUGUCCUUGGUCCCUACGGUUUUUGUCAGUGUCAGCAUAGAGCAUUUCUUUAUUUAUCGCAAGUCAUAUCGUCAUCGCGAUAUUCAACAAAGUUAUUGCAUAUCACAUGUUUUCCUAAUAUCGUGCAGCCCUACUUCAAAGCAGCACCAGCACAUCAAAGAAAUGAGAGUGCAGCCAUCUUGAGAUGUAUAGCAUGAUAAAGACCUUCAUCUGACUAAGAGUUGAUUUCAGACUUUAUAUGGAACUCAAUAUUUGAUUAAUAUUGUACAUUGUGCUUAAUAAAUUGCAAGUUAAUUUUUUGGAUUAUAGGAUUUCUGAAAGGACCUUGUAAAUGAGUAUAGGCCAAGUAUUAUUAUUGUAAUUUUAGUAUAGUAAUUAUUAUGUUACUUAUGUGACACAAGACUAAUGUUAUCCAACUAAAAUGUUCCAGUUAAAUCUCGUCUAGAUAAUCUGGUUCUACAAAUGCAGAGAUUUAGGUUUGAUUUGCUCAUCUUGAAUAAUAAUUUAUCUUUAAUAAUGGUGUGCUUUUGUAAUAGAAGGUAUAGAUAAUGGGUUUAUUGAUGUGAGAAAAAGACUGCUGAUUGUACUGUUACAUGAUAUUAAACUCAUCCAGGACCACAUUUUGUUCUCACAGUUUCAAGCCUUAAUCCUAAACAGAACAAACUAAAGAAGACUAACUGAUAAUAAGCCUGGAUUUUUCUGUGAGUUUGUUUGUUCAAUGUUUCUCUGGCGUUUUAACUUUGAAUGAUGUCUGUAGUGUUUAUUAUGACAGAUGUGCCUGAGAUCUUCUAGUUUUUUGGGAGCAGUCACAUGACAAUGACCUGUCAAACAUGCUUGCUGCCACCCUGACUAUCCACUGCGGUACACUUAAGUGCCUGCACUGCAUUUCCCAUGCUUUAGUGCCUGUCAACAUGUCCUGUAUAGCCACAGUUCAGCACCUUAACAUUGCCAUUAAGUUUUGUCUAUUUGCCUGAUUGACACUUGAAAAACAAAAACAAAUGUGAAAAAGUACUUACUUUCAAACUUACUUGUCUGGUAUUUGAGGGCUGGCUUUUUUUGAGUUAGUGGCUUGUCACCGACAACACAUACUCACUUAUCCUGUACACUGCUUUCCUGCACAUAAUCAUCAUUCAUGCUUUUCUCUGCAUCCUGUAUACACCCUUAACAUGUAGCUUACAAGUGUUGAUCUCUGUAUGUCAAGGUAAUGUGAGCUCUGCUUUCUUUCUUAUUCAAUUAUGAAUUUUCUGGCAAUAUCUUACAGGUGUUGUAUGUGUUACUAAUAUUAAAUAAACAAUUUCAAAAGAUAA